UGCACCGACGUCACAGAAACCGAGCUGGUGCCGACUAAUGAACCUCACCGUCCUGCUGCAUUUCAAACUCCUGUCGCUGAAACACAUCUUUUCCAGCAGCAUUUCACCGUUGCCUUUAAGUUUCCACUCGCUGCUGUCUCAAAAAGACACGUUGUAUUGAUGCAGACUGUAACUGGGAAUGCUCAGGGAAGCGUAUAGCUCUUAAUAAUGUUACCCAGUUCGCAUUAACACAGUAUAUGGCUAACGCAAAUGCAACAAAUAUGUCUCCUCGCUAAAGAAAACAACCGGUGGUUUUUUGUUGCGUUCAAGUUUUCAGGUGUGGUGCUGAGCCCAUGGAGAAGCCAUCAUCUUCAGGCAGAGCAGCACUGGAGGAGAGAAAAGGCCUUGUUGAGGAUGUUGCAGGGCUGAGAGGCGCUGAAGGUGGUGAGGUGGAUCCUCAGACCCCGAGGAAGAGCAGCUCCUCUCGCUCCUCCCGCAAGAGCUUCCGUCUGGACUACCGGCUGGAGGAGGAAGUGACAAAAUCUUGUCGGGACAAACAUGGCCGCUGGACCAACCCCUGGUCCACAUGGCGGUUCCCUUCCUACACCACCCUGCUCAGGUUCCUGUUGUUGGAUAAGAACAACAGCAACAUACCAAGUAGUAAAGAGGCUCUGGACAGUGAGCUCCCAGUGAUGGAACCCUACUUCAUCCAGAACCCAGACCUCACCGACUCUGGUCCAGGUCUGAGAGUCACCUGGCUGGGACACGCCACGGUUCUGGUGGAAAUGGACGGGCUCAAUAUUCUGACAGACCCAAUUUUCAGCCAGAGGGCCUCGCCAUUUCAGUUCUUGGGGCCCAAACGGUACAGAGGGCCCCCCUGCACUAUCGAACAGCUGCCCAGGAUCGACGCUGUCGUCAUCAGUCAUUCUCAUUACGACCAUCUGGAUGCUGGAUCUGUGGCCAGCCUUAAUGAGCGCUUUGGAGGGGAGCUACGCUGGUUCGUGCCCCUGGGUUUGAUGGACUGGCUGAUGAAGAUGGGCUGUGAGAACGUGAUGGAGCUGGAUUGGUGGGAGGAGAACUGUGUCCCGGGUCAUGAUGACAUCACAUUUGUUUGCACACCCUCUCAGCACUGGAGCAAACGCACCGCACUGGACGAUAACAAGUCUUUAUGGGGAAGCUGGUCUGUUUUGGGUCCGGACCAUCGAUUUUUCUUCGCUGGUGAUACCGGCUACUGCUCUUCCUUCCAGGAGAUCGGACAACGCUUUGGACCGUUUGACCUCGCAGCAAUCCCCAUCGGAGCAUACCUGCCCAGGGAUAUGAUGCAGGGGCAGCAUGUAGAUCCAGAAGAAGCUGUUCAGAUUCACCAAGACCUCCAGGCCAAACAGUCUGUGGCCAUUCACUGGGGAACCUUUGCUCUCGCCUAUGAGUACUACCUGGAGCCACCAGGUCGUCUCAGAGAGGCCCUGGAACAGAAAGGACUGAAGCCAGAAGCCUUCUUCACUCUGCAUCACGGGGAGUCUCGCCUUCUAGUUCCACAAGGAGGAGACGUGUUUGACUGAUUCCCUCUGGAGUGUUUUGUGGGCCGUUUGUCUGUAACAAAGUGCAGAACAUUUUGAUUAUCAUAUUUAGAUAGACUUCAGUGAUUUAAGUUUGAAAUGCAUAUACGUAUGCAGCUUAUCCCAACUGAAAUAUUCAAAUGUUCCACAGUACUGUUUACAUAACGAAUGUCUGUCCUGCCAUUGUCAUGGUGGGCCAAUACUACCUACAGGAGUUCCACUAUAAAAAUCUGAUUGAUUAGAUGUGUGUAAUUCUUUCAGGCAAAACUCAGCUCAGCUCAUAGCUCAUUAGAAACAAGGUAUUCGAUUUCCACACAGAUGUUAAAUGUUGGCAUCAGUCAGUGUGGUAAGUGUAAGUUCAAGUCUCAAAGAUUUGUAUCAGUGUAACAAAAAAAAAGCAGCUAACAGAAAAAUAAACUUCCAUUUUCUUUAUCCUGAAGAUAAAAGUACCAGUUUUACAUAAGUCACAUUGGAGUACUUUUCUGCAGCUAAAUAUUGUUUCUAUUAAGUAAUAACUAAUUCAUUUUGGUGCCUGUAAUGUUGCAUUAUAUAAUAACUCAACAAAAUGUAAUACAUUUUCACUUCAUGAUUUAAUAACACCCACAUUUUGUAAUAAAUUACAUACUAUGCUGCUUACAAAAUGCAGGAGUUGCACUUUUUAUGAUGAAAAAUGUAUGUGGUGCAUUAGGUAAUCAACCAAUCAAAAUGGAUGUUUUUGUCUGUACACGUUAUAUUUUUAUCAAUGAACCUAAAUUAAACUUAGUAAAUAUUAAAUUAGACUCUGACCUGUGGUUCCCCCUUGGCAUUAUAGUUGACUGAUCAACUACUCUAAUUACAACCAAAUUCAGGGACUUUGUCAAAUGCUAAAAAAACUCAAUUCAUGCUUUUAUUUCUAGCUGGAUUUACUACUGCAGUGGUCUUUUGACCGGGCUCCCCAAGAACACUUCAAAAGAGGCUUCAGCUUAUUCAAAAUGCAGUUCAUUAAAAAAAAAAAAAGGAACUCCCACAUUUUAUAAUAAUGUAUUAUAAUUUUGUGGGAAAAAAUACAUAUGGGUUCAGGCUGUUUAUUACUAAAUGAAACCGAUUGUUACAAAAUCUGUGUUAUUACAUAAUGAAGUGAAAAUGUAUCACAUUUUAUCGAGUUGCUACAUAAUGUUGUUCAAAAGCAUUUUGUGGUCUGCACACUGCAUCAGAAACCUUUCAGCUGGCAGAUGCAGUGUUUCUAGCUCACUCCUCCAGUCUGGAACAACCACUGAAAAGAAAUCUGCAUGCUCGUGCCGUCGGCUGGCACAAACCUUCUGGUCAAGAGGCCAAAAUCUCUCAAGAAUUAUUUUCAGACUUUACAUUAGAGUAAAAUAUAGAGUCAAAAGAGUGAAAUGUAAUCAGCAUUAAACUUAUAUGGUGUAAUGGGUGCUGGACCCAUGUUACUAUAGUAACCAGUGCUCCUGAAUGGAGAUAUUAGUGCAGUUUGUGUGUGUGGGGUUGAACCACAGACCUUCAGUAUCGCAGACAGUGUGAUGCAGCUUUCUGUUGACACAUAGCUGGACUUCCUGUGAGCUGUAAUAUAGACGAGAAAACCAACUUUUAGUUACUUAGAGUAGAAAUUUUCAAAGAUUGGUGCUAGCUAAUGCCUCAUUACAAAAUUUGUUGUUUUUUUUUCCUGAAUGUACUCUGGCCAACCUGAAACUACAAGAGACACAGAAGUGUUAGGAGAAAUCUAUUUUUGUUGUCUGUGAUAUUAAUUCCCCAACAACUGUACACCGAUAGAAACUGUAGCGGAAGAGCUGUGAGAUACAGGCAGAAGUUGAGCUGGGUUCAGCUUCGUGCACUGCAAAUGUUUUUGCUUUGUUCCUGCUUCAGAAUUUUGUUUUUGAUGUUCGGAAACCACAGCACAAAGACUUUUCUCGGUGUGAUCACUCACAUUUUCAUCUCUUAGAAUUUAAGAUGCAUUUGCCUCGCUGAGCAACAGUAGAAUCAUUUUAGUACUCAGCUUUUCAAGUGAAUUUUAUUUUUAAUGCCGAAUGUAAGAACAGUUGACAGCACAAUGAUGAGUUCAUUUAGUAGCCUGGUUGUAACUACAAGGCCACUACAGUGCUAACUAUGGUUUACACUUGAUCCAUGUCAUUGAAUUACCCAUUAAAUAUAUAACUUACA